CCGCGGGCAGACUCUGCCCCGGAGGAAGCUGCGUCCAGACAAAAGCUGCCGCAUCUCUGCGGCUCAGCCCCUGCCGGGAUUUGGGUUCCGUGCCUGCGCCCCUUCAGUACUCAGCUCCAGACCCGCGGCCGGUUCAAAGGGAUUUCCAGAAUCUGAUGAGUUGCUCCGGGAGGACACCCUCUGCCUGUUGCUGAGGAGGGCUAAGCGCCGUGCGUCUGCGCUCAGAACAAGAGGGGGAAAAAGAAAGAAAAAAUGAUUUCCCGGGACAUUGUCCACACAGUGUGCCUGCUCGCUCUUCUGCAUUCUUCCCUAGCUCAAGAUGCAAGCCCCCAGCCUGAGAUCGGGGCGGACGCGAUUCCCGAGGGGGCCUCCACCUUGGCUUUUGUGUUUGAUGUGACUGGGUCCAUGUACGAUGAUUUAGUUCAGGUUAUCGAAGGGGCUUCCAAAAUUCUGGAGACGUCUUUGAAAAGACCGAAGAGACCUCUUUACAACUUUGCUUUGGUGCCUUUCCAUGAUCCAGAAAUUGGCCCAGUGACAAUUACCACAGAUCCCAAGAAAUUUCAGUAUGAACUGAGAGAACUGUAUGUUCAGGGUGGUGGCGACUGUCCAGAAAUGAGCAUCGGAGCUAUAAAGAUUGCCUUGGAAAUUUCUCUGCCCGGUUCUUUCAUCUACGUUUUCACUGACGCACGGUCCAAGGAUUACCGGCUCACUCACGAGGUGCUGCAGCUCAUCCAGCAGAAGCAGUCACAGGUGGUGUUCGUGCUCACUGGAGACUGUGACGACAGGAACCACAUUGGGUAUAAAGUCUAUGAAGAAAUUGCCUCCACGAGUUCCGGCCAGGUGUUCCACCUGGACAAGAAGCAAGUGAAUGAGGUGUUAAAAUGGGUGGAGGAAGCUGUGCAGGCCUCCAAAGUUCACCUCUUGUCCACAGACCACAUGGAGCAGGCUGUCCACACGUGGAAAAUUCCCUUUGACCCCAGCCUGAAGGAGGUCACUGUGUCUCUGAGUGGCCCUUCUCCAGGGAUUGAAAUCCGCAAUCCUUUAGGGAAGCUCAUAAAAAAGGGAUUUGGCCUGAAUGAGCUAUUAAAUAUCCAUAACUCUGCCAAGGUGGUGAACGUUAAGGAGCCAGAGGCUGGAACGUGGACAGUGAAGACUUCCAGCAGCGGAAGGCACUCUGUUCGCAUCACCGGCCUCAGCACCAUUGAUUUCCGAGCUGGUUUUUCCCGAAAGCCCACGCUGGACUUCAAAAAAACAGGCAGCAGACCAGUGCAAGGGAUACCUACCUACGUGCUUCUGAAUACUUCUGGAAUUUCUGUCCCCGCUAGAGUAGACCGUCUUGAACUUCUGAGCAUCUCAGGCAGUUCUCUGAAGACUAUUCCUGUUAAAUAUGACCCGGAUCGGAAACCUUACGGCAUAUGGAAUAUUUCUGACUUCCUACCACCAAAUGAAGCUUUUUUCCUCAAGGUAGCAGGUUACGAUAAGGAUGGUUAUCUCUUCCAGAGAGUAUCCAGUGUCUCCUUUUCCAGUAUUGUCCCAGAUGCCCCCAAAGUUACAAUGGCCACGAACACCCCAGGGUACUACCUUCAGCCGGGCCGAAUUCCCUGCUCUGUGGAAAGUCUUCUGCCCUUUACCUUGAGCUUUGUCAGAAAUGGAAUCUUGCUUGGAGUGGACCAGUAUCUGAAGGAAUCUGCCACUGUGACCUGGGACAUUGAAAAGGUCACCCUGUCGGACGAAGGCUCCUAUGAGUGCAUCGCCGUCAGCAGUGCGGGGACUGGACGAGCGCAGACAUUUUUUGAUGUGUCAGAGCCCCCUCCGGUCAUCCAAGUGCCAAGCAAUGUCACAGUGGCCCCUGGAGAAAGGGCGGUUUUGACGUGUGUCGUCAUCAGCACUGUGGGUUACAAUCUAACCUGGCAGAGGAACGACAGAGAUAUCAGACCAGCAGACCCAGCACGGAUGCGGCUCUUGGCCAACCUCUCCCUGGAGCUCAGGACGGUCAAGGUCACGGAUGCUGGAGAGUACCAGUGCCUGGUUGCCAGCGAAGGAGGGUCAUCCGCUGCGUCCGUUUUCCUUACAGUGCAAGAACCUCCCAAAGUCACUGUGAUGCCCAAGAACCAGUCAUUCACAGGAGGGUCUGAGGUCUCCAUCAUGUGCUCUGCAACAGGUUACCCCAAACCAAAGGUCGCCUGGACCAUGAAUGAUAUGUUUAUCGUGGGUUCACACAGGUAUAGGAUGACCUCAGAAGGUACCUUAUUUAUAAAAAACGCAGUUCCUAAAGAUGCAGGGGUCUAUGGCUGCUUGGCGAGUAAUUCAGCUGGAACAGAUAAACAGACGUCUGCCCUCAGAUACAUUGAAGCCCCAAAGUUGAUCGUAGUUCAGAGUGAGCUCUUGGUGGCCCUUGGGGACACAACAGUUAUGGAAUGUAAAACCUCCGGUGUUCCUCCUCCUCAAGUGAAAUGGUUCAAAGGGGAUCUUGAGCUGAGGCCCUCAACUUUUCUCAUUAUUGAUCCUCUCUUGGGACUUUUGAAGAUUCAAGAAACUCAGGAUCUCGAUGCUGGCGAUUAUACAUGCGUAGCUGUCAAUGACGCUGGAAGAGCCACCGGCAAGAUAACGCUGGACGUUGGCUCACCUCCAGUUUUUAUACAAGAACCUGCUGAUGUGUCUAUGGAAAUUGGUUCCAAUGUGACAUUACCUUGCUAUGUCCAGGGUUACCCAGAACCAAAGAUCAAGUGGCGAAGAUUAGACAACAUGCCGAUCUUCUCAAGACCCUUCUCAGUGAGUUCCAUCAGCCAGCUAAGAACAGGAGCUCUCUUUAUUUCAAACUUAUGGGCAAGUGAUAAAGGAACCUACAUCUGUGAAGCUGAAAACCAGUUUGGCAAGAUCCAGUCCCAGACAACUGUAACGGUGACAGGACUUGUGGCUCCGCUCAUCGGAAUCAGCCCUGCGGCGGCCAGUGUCAUCGAAGGGCAGCAGCUCACCUUGCCUUGUGCUCUGCUGGCUGGAAACCCCAUUCCAGAGCGCCGGUGGGUGAAGAAUUCAGCCAUGUUGGUCCAGAAUCCUUACAUCACGGUGCGCAGUGAUGGGAGUCUCCAUAUUGAAAGAGCUCGCCUCCAGGAUGGAGGUGAAUACACUUGCGUGGCCAGUAACGUUGCUGGGAGCAUGAACAAAACCACCACUGUGGAUGUGCAUGUUCUGCCGACCAUUCAGCACGGGCAGCAGAUCCUCAGUACCAUCGAAGGCGUCCCAGUAACGCUACCCUGCAAAGCGAGUGGAAUUCCCAAACCAUCUAUCACCUGGUCCAAGAAAGGCGAGCUGAUUCCCACCAGCAGUGCUAAGUUUUCCGCAGGGGCUGAUGGGAGUCUGUACGUGGUGUCCCCCGGGGGUGAGGAGAGUGGCGAGUACGUCUGCACCGCCACCAACGCCGCCGGCUACGCCAAAAGGAAGGUGCAGCUGACUGUCUAUGUAAGGCCCAGAGUGUUUGGAGAUCAACGAGGACUGUCGCAGGAUAAGCCUGUGGAGAUUUCUGUCCUUGCUGGGGAAGAGGUGACCCUUCCAUGCGAAGUGAAGAGCUCACCCCCACCCAUAAUCACCUGGGCCAAAGAGCACCAGCUCAUCUCGCCGUUCUCUCCAAGACACACCUUCCUCCCUUCUGGUUCAAUGAAGAUCACAGAGGCCCGCGUCUCAGAUAGUGGGAUGUACCUCUGUGUCGCCACAAACAUUGCUGGGAACGUGACUCAGUCUGUUAAAUUAAGUGUUCACGUUUCUCCAAAGAUACAGCGUGGCCCUAAGCUCAUGAAAGUCCAAGCUGGUCAAAGAGUGGACCUCCCAUGCAGUGCUCAAGGGACGCCCCUUCCCGUGAUCACCUGGUUUAAAGGUGGGAGCGCCGUGCUGGUUGACGGAGUGCAGCACGUUAGCCAUCCUGGUGGGACGUUAAGCAUCAACCAGGCCAUGCUCUCAGAUGCCGGCGUGUACACAUGCGUUGCUGCUAACAUCGCAGGCAAUGAUGAAACGGAGAUAACACUUCACGUCCAAGAGCCACCUACUCUGGAAGAUCUAGAACCUCCAUAUAACACUCCAUUCCAAGAAAGAGUGGCCAAUCAGCGCAUUGCAUUUCCAUGUCCUGCUAAAGGUACCCCCAAACCGACCAUCAAGUGGUUACGGAAUGGGAGAGAGCUGUCAGGCCGAGAGCCUGGUGUUUCUAUCCUGGAAGAUGGCAUGUUGUUGGUCAUUGCCUCUGUCACACCGUACGACAACGGGGAGUACAUCUGUGUGGCAGUCAAUGAGGCUGGGACCACAGAAAAAAAAUAUAACCUCAAAAUCCAUGUUCCUCCAGUAAUUAAAGAUAAAGAGCAAGUAACGAACAUGUCUGUAUUGCUCAAUCAGCCGACCAGUCUCCUCUGUGAAGUUGAAGGUACUCCAUCUCCCAUCGUUACGUGGUACAAGGAUGAUGUCCAGGUGGCUGAAAGCAGCACUGUUCAGAUUGUGAACAAUGGGAAGGUAUUAAAGCUCUUCAAAGCCACUCCAAAGGACGUGGGAAGUUACUCCUGCAAAGCAAUUAAUGUGGCAGGCACCUCUCAGAAGUAUUUUAACAUCGAUGUGCUAGUCCCACCCACCAUAAUAGGUGCCAACGCCCCAAGUGAAGUCUCAGUUGUCCUCAACCACGACACUACCCUUGAAUGCCAGGUCAAAGGCACUCCCUUCCCGGUUAUUGACUGGUUCAAAGAUGGCAAGCCUUUAUUUCUGGAAGAUCCCAACAUUGAACUCCUAGACAGAGGACAGGCUUUGCAUGUAAAAAAUGCUCGGAGAAGUGACAAGGGUCGCUACCAGUGCACCGUGGCUAACGCAGCCGGCAAACAGGCCAAGGAUAUAAAGCUCACUGUCUACAUUCCCCCAAGUAUCAAAGGAGGGAAUGUUACCACGGAAAUAUCAGCGCUGAUCAACACCGUAAUUAAACUGGAGUGUGAGACCCGGGGACUUCCCCUGCCGGCUAUUACCUGGUACAAGGACGGCCAGCCAAUCAUAUCCAGCUCUCAGGCACUCUACCUUGAUAAAGGCCAGUUUCUUCAUAUCCCUCGAGCACAGGUCUCCGAUUCGGCAACAUACACGUGCCGUGUGACCAACGUGGCUGGAACUGCUGAGAAGUCAUUCCACGUGGAUGUUUAUGUUCCUCCAGUGAUAGAAGGUGGCUUGGCUGUACCGCUGAGUAAGCAAGUGGUUGUGGCUCAUUCCCUGACGCUGGAGUGCAAAGCUGCCGGCAACCCUCCGCCAGUCCUCACCUGGAUCAAGGACGGUGUCCCCGUGAAAGCCAGUGACAACAUCCGCAUAGAAGCUGGUGGGAAGAAACUGGAAAUCACAAGUGCCCUGGAAGUCGACCGGGGACAGUAUGUGUGUGUGGCUACCAGUGUGGCGGGAGAAAAGGAAAUCAAGUACGACGUUGACGUCUUAGUGCCGCCGUCAGUAGAAGGAGGAGACGAAACGUCUUACUUCAUAGUCAUGGUUAACAACCUGCUGGAGCUGGACUGCCAAGUGACAGGCUCUCCCCCACCGACUCUCAUGUGGCUGAAGGACGGCCAGCUGAUCGAUGAAAGGGAUGGGUUCAAGGUUUUACUAAACGGACGCAAACUGGUCAUUGCCCGGGCGCAGGUGUCGGACACGGGCCUUUAUCGGUGCGUGGCGACCAACGCGGCUGGAGACCACAAGAAGGAGUUCGAAGUGACUGUGCAUGUUCCUCCGACAAUCAAAUCCUCAGGCUUUUCUGAGAGAGCCGUAGUGAAGUACAAGCCUCUCACCUUACAGUGCAUAGCCAACGGCAUCCCCAACCCAUCCCUUACGUGGUUGAAAGACGGUCAGCCUGUGAACACCGCCCACGGAAACCUCAAAAUACAGUCCUCUGGCCGAGUUCUGCAAAUCACCCGCGCCCUGAUGGAAGAUGCUGGCAGGUACACGUGUGUCGCCACCAACGCAGCUGGGGAAGCGCAGCAGCACAUUCACCUGCACGUGCACGAGCCUCCCAGCCUGGAGGACGCAGGGAAGAUGCUGAAUGAGACCGUGGUGGUGAACAACCCUGUCCAGCUGGAGUGCAAGGCCACUGGGAAUCCCUCGCCUGUUAUUACGUGGUACAAAGAUAAUCAUCCACUCUCAGGUUCCGCCAGUGUGACUUUCCUGAACAGGGGACAGGUCGUUGACAUCGAAAGCGCUCAGAUCACAGAUGCGGGCAUAUAUAAAUGUGUGGCCAUCAACUCCGCUGGAGCUACAGAGUUAUUUUACAGUCUUCAGGUGCACGUGCCCCCAUCCAUUUCCGGCAGCAGUAGUGCGGUGGCGGUGGUGGUUAAUAACCUGGUGAGGCUGGAAUGUGAGGCGCGAGGCAUCCCCGCCCCAAGCCUGACCUGGUUGAAGGAUGGGAGCCCGGUCUCCAGUUUCGCCAGUGGGAUACAGGUUCUGUCUGGAGGCCGCAUCCUAGCCUUGACCAGCGCCCAAAUCAGCGAUACCGGGAGGUACACCUGCGUGGCGGUGAACGCUGCUGGGGAGAAACAAAGGGACAUAGACCUCAGAGUGUACGUUCCCCCGAACAUCGCGGGAGGAGAGCAGAACGUCUCUGUCCUCAUCAGCCAGGCCGUGGAGCUGCUGUGUCACAGCGAUGCCGUCCCCUCCCCUACUCUGGCGUGGUUCAAGGACGGCCGCCCCUUGCUGAAGAAACCGGGCCUCAGCGUCUCGGAAAACGGAAGCGUGUUAAAGAUUGACGAUGCCCAGGUUCAAGACACUGGCCGGUACACUUGUGAGGCAACCAAUGUUGCUGGAAAAACUGAGAGAAAUUACAACGUCAACAUUUGGGUACCACCAAGCAUUUAUGGUUCUGAUGAACUUGCUCAGCUUACAGUCAUUGAAGGGAAUCUCAUUAGUCUCUUAUGUGAAUCAAGUGGUAUUCCACCCCCAAAUCUCAUUUGGAAGAAGAAAGGCUCCCCAGUGCUGGCUGACGCUGCAGGGCGCGUCCGAACCCUAUCAGGAGGCAGACAGUUGCAGAUUUCCAUUGCUGAGCAGCCCGACGCAGGGCUGUACACGUGUGUGGCAUCCAGUAUUGCUGGGACGGCGAAGAAGGACUACCACCUGCAAGUGUAUGUUCGACCAACCAUAGCCAACAGUGGCACCCACCCUACUGAAAUUACUGUGACUCGAGGGAAGAGUAUUUCCUUGGAGUGUGAGGUGCAGGGUAUCCCUCCACCGGCAGUGACCUGGAUGAAAGAUGGCCGGCCCCUGACCAAGGGAAGGGGAAUGGAAGUACUGGAUGAAGGUCGCAUCCUUCAGCUGAAGAAUAUUCAUGUCUCUGACACAGGCCGUUAUGUGUGUGUUGCUGUAAAUGUAGCGGGAAUGACUGACAGAAAAUAUGACUUGAGCGUCCAUACCCCUCCAAGCAUCAUAGGAAACCAUGGGGCACCGGAAAAUGUCAGUGUGGUGGGGAAGAACUCCGUGUCCCUGACUUGCGAGGCUUCAGGAAUUCCUUUGCCUUCCAUCACCUGGCUGAAAGAUGGCUGGCCCAUCAGCCUGAGCAGUUCUGUGAGGAUUCUCUCAGGAGGCAGGACCCUGCGGCUGAUGCAGACGAGAGUAGAAGAUGCUGGCCAGUACACUUGUGUUGUGAGGAAUGCCGCUGGGGAAGAAAGAAAGCUCUUUGCACUUUCGGUGUUAGUACCACCUCACAUUGUGGGUGAAAACACGCUGGAAGACGUGAAGGUGAAAGAGAAGCAGAGUGUUACACUGACUUGUGAAGUCACAGGGAAUCCAGUGCCAGAAAUUACAUGGCUCAAAGAUGGGCAGCCCCUCCAAGAAGAUGACACCCAUCACAGUAUGUCUGGUGGCCGUUUUCUUCAAAUUAGUGAUGCCCAGGUGUCACAUACUGGAAGGUACACCUGUCUGGCUUCUAACGCGGCUGGUGACAAGAGCAAAAGCUUCAGUCUUAACGUGUUGGUGUCUCCUACAAUUGCUGGUGUUGAUGGUGAUGGCAGCCCUGAAGAUGUCACCGUGAUCCUUAACAGCCCCACAUCUUUGGUCUGUGAAGCUUACUCAUACCCUCCUGCCACCAUCACCUGGUUUAAGGAUGGAACUCCUCUAGAGUCCAACCGAAAUAUUCGUAUUCUUCCAGGAGGCAGGACAUUGCAGAUCCUUAAUGCCCAGGAGGACAAUGCUGGGCGAUACUCCUGCGUGGCCACAAACGAGGCGGGGGAAAUGAUAAAGCACUACGAAGUGAAGGUCUACAUUCCACCUAUCAUCAAUAAAGGGGACCUCCUGGGGCCAGGUCUUUCCCCUAAAGAAGUGAAGAUCAAAGUCAACACCACCCUGACCUUGGAAUGUGAAGCCUAUGCAAUUCCUUCUGCCUCUCUCAGCUGGUACAAGGAUGGACAGCCCCUUAAAUCAGACGAUCAUGUUAAUAUUGCUGCCAGUGGUCACACACUUCAAAUAAAGGAAGCUCAAAUAUCAGACACGGGACGAUAUACUUGUGUGGCAUCUAACAUUGCAGGUGAAGAUGAGCUGGAUUUUGAUGUGAAUAUACAAGUUCCUCCCAGUUUCCAGAAACUCUGGGAAAUAGGAAACAUGCUGGACACCGGCAGGAGCGGGGAGGCCAAGGACGUGAUCAUCAACAACCCCCUCUCUCUUCAUUGUGAGACCAGCGCCGCUCCCCCUCCGACGCUGACGUGGUACAAAGACGGCCGGCCUCUGACCUCCAGCGACCGGGUGCUGAUUUUGCCAGGUGGGAGGGUGCUGCAGAUUCCCCGGGCGAAAGUGGAAGACGCUGGAAGGUACACGUGUGUGGCUGUGAAUGAGGCUGGAGAGGAUUCCCUGCAGUACGACGUCCGAGUACUCUUGCCGCCAGUUAUCAAGGGAGCAAAGAGCGACCUCCCCGAGGAGGUCACGGCGCUGGUGAGCAAGAGCGUGCUGAUGGAGUGCCUGUCCAGCGGCAGCCCCGUCCCGCGGAGCUCCUGGCAAAGAGACGGGCAGCCCCAGCCUGAGGACGAGCGUCAUAAGCUUCUAUCUAAUGGAAGGAUUCUGCAGAUUCUCAAUGCUCAGAUAACAGAUAUCGGCAGGUAUGUGUGCAUUGCCGAGAACACAGCCGGGAGUGCCAAAAAGUAUUUUAACCUCAAUGUUCACGUUCCUCCAAGUGUCAUUGGUCCUAACCCUGAAAAUCUCACGGUCGUGGCGAACAACUUCAUCUCCUUGAGCUGUGAGGUCUCUGGUUUUCCACCUCCCGAUCUCAGCUGGCUCAAGAACGAGCAGCCUAUCAAGCCAAACGCAAACGCUCUCAUCGUGCCUGGUGGUCGAACUCUGCAGAUCAUCCGGGCCAAGGAAUCCGAUGGUGGUCAGUACACUUGCAUAGCUAUCAACCAGGCUGGUGAAAGCAAGAAAAAGGUCUCCCUGACUGUUUAUGUGCCCCCAAGCAUUAAAGAUCAUGGCAGUGAAUCCCUGUCUGUAGUUAACGUAAGAGAGGGAGCCUCAGUGUCGCUGGAGUGCGAGUCCAACGCCGUCCCACCGCCAGUCGUCACCUGGUACAAGAAUGGGCGGAUGAUAACCGAAUCUCCUCACGUGGCGGUUUUGGCUGAUGGACAGAUGCUGCAUAUCAAGAAAGCUGAGGUGUCUGACACAGGCCAGUAUGUAUGUAGAGCUAUAAAUGUAGCAGGACGGGAUGAUAAAAAUUUCCACCUCAAUGUAUAUGUGCCACCCAGUAUCGAAGGACCUGGAAUGGAAGUGGUUGUUGAGACAAUCAGCAAUCCUGUGACCUUAACAUGUGAUGCCACUGGAAUCCCACCUCCCACUAUAGUAUGGCUGAAGAACCACAAGCCCAUAGAAAAUUCUGACUCACUUGAAGUUCAUAUUUUAUCUGGAGGUAGCAAACUCCAAAUUGCCCGGUCUCAGCGUUCAGAUAGUGGCAACUAUACAUGCAUUGCAUCAAAUAUGGAAGGAAAAGCACAGAAAACUUACAUUCUUUCAAUUCAAGUUCCUCCAAGUGUUGUUGGUGCUGAAAUUCCAAGUGAAGUCAGUGUCCUCCUAGGGGAAAACGUUGAGCUGGUCUGCAGUGCAAAUGGCAUUCCCACCCCAGUCAUUCACUGGCUUAGAGAUGGAAGCCCCAUCCCUAGCAGUGAAUCAGAAAGAAUCCGGGUGACUGCGAACGGCAGCACAUUGGUCAUUUACGGAGCUCUCCCAUCCGACAUGGGGAAGUACACGUGUGUCGCUACCAACCCUGCUGGAGAAGAAGACCGAAUUUUUAACUUACAUGUUUAUGUUCCACCUGCAAUCAGGGGUAAUAAAGAAGAAACAGAGAAACUAACGGCUUUGGUGGACACGUCAGUAAAUAUUGAAUGCAGAGCCUUGGGGAAGCCCCCACCACAGAUAAACUGGCUGAAGAACGGACUUCCUCUGCCUCUCUCCUCCCACAUCCGGCUGCUGUCGGGAGGGCAGGUUAUCAGGAUUGUGAGAGCUCAGGUGUCUGAUGUCGCCGUGUACACUUGUGUGGCUUCCAAUAGAGCUGGAGUGGACAACAAACAUUACAGCCUUCAGGUUUUGGUUCCACCGAAUCUGGACAAUGCCAUGGGAACAGAGGAAAUCACAGUUGUCAAGGGUAGCUCUGCCUCCAUGGCGUGCCUCGCAGAUGGAACCCCGACCCCCAGGAUGUCGUGGCUGAGGGAUGGCCAGCCUCUGGGGCUUGACGCCCACCUGACGAUAAGCACGCAAGGAAUGGCGCUUCAGCUCAUCCGAGCAGAGACCGAAGAUUCGGGAAGGUACACCUGCAUUGCCUCAAACGAAGCUGGAGAAGUCAGCAAACACUUCAUCCUGAAGGUCCUAGAACCACCUCAUAUCAAUGGAUCUGAAGAAUCUAUGGAAGUAUCAGUGAUAGUCAAUAACCCACUUGAACUUACCUGCAUGGCUUCCGGAAGCCCAGCCCCUAAAAUCACCUGGAUGAAAGAUGGACGGCCCCUUCCCCAGACAGGCCAGGUACAAACUCUUGGAGGAGGAGAGGUUCUUCGAAUAUCGAGUAGUCAGGUGGAGGAUACAGGAAGAUAUACAUGUCUGGCAUCCAGCCCCGCGGGUGAUGAUGAUAAAGAAUAUUUAGUGAGAGUGCACGUACCCCCUAAUAUUGCUGGAACUGAGGGGUCCCAGGAUUUCACUGUGCUACGGAACAGACAAGUGACCUUGGAAUGCAAAUCAGAUGCAGUGCCCCCGCCUGUAAUCACGUGGCUUAAAAAUGGAGAACGGUUACAGGCAACACCUCGAGUACGAAUCUUAGCCGGAGGAAGAUACUUGCAGAUUAAUAAUGCAGAGCUAGGUGAUACAGCCAAUUACACCUGUGUCGCCAGCAACAUUGCAGGAAAGACUACAAGAGAAUUUAUUCUCACUGUAAAUGUUCCCCCAAACAUCAGGAGUGGCCCCCAGAGUCUCGUCAUUCACUUAAACAAGUCAACUGUACUGGAAUGCUUUGCCGAAGGCGUGCCAGCCCCGAGGAUAACGUGGAGAAAGGACGGAGCCGUUCUCUCUGGCAAUCACACGAGGUACUCCAUCUUGGAAAACGGGUUCCUUCGCAUCCAGUCCGCACACGUCACCGACACCGGGCGGUAUUUGUGCAUGGCCACCAAUGUCGCCGGGACCGACCGCAGGCGGAUAGAUUUACAAGUCCAUGUUCCUCCUUCUAUUGCUCUGGGUCCCGCCAACAUCACUGUAACGGUAAAUGUUCAAACGACUCUGGCUUGCGAGGCUACCGGAAUACCAAAACCAGCAGUCAGCUGGAGGAAAGAUGGGCAUCUUCUUCAUGUGGAUCAAAAUCAGAAUUCCUACAGGCUCCUUUCUUCAGGCUCACUGGUAAUCAUUUCUCCUGCUGUGGAUGACACUGCAACGUACGAGUGCACCGUGACAAACGAGGCUGGAGAGGACAGGAAGACCGUGGAUCUCACCGUCCAAGUUCCACCUUCCAUAGCGGAUGAGCCUACGGACUUCCUAGUCACCAAACACUCCCCGACCGUAAUUACCUGCACUGCUUCAGGGGUUCCAUUUCCCUCCAUCCACUGGAUGAAAAAUGGUAUAAGGCUGCUUCCCAGGGGGGAUGGCUAUAGAAUUCAGCCCUCAGGGGCAAUUGAAAUACUUGCCACUGAACUAAGCCACGCCGGAAGAUACACGUGUGUCGCCAGGAACGCGGCUGGCUCUGCCCAUCGACAUGUGACCCUUCGUGUCCAGGAGCCUCCGGCCAUUCAGCCUCAGCCGACUGAACUAGACGUCAUUCUAAACAACCCCAUUUUGUUACCAUGUGAAGCAACAGGGACACCCAGUCCUCUCAUCACGUGGCAAAAAGAAGGCAUCAAUGUCCUCACAUCAGGCAGAAGCCAUGUAGUCCUUCCCAGUGGCGGCUUGCAGAUCUCCAGAGCCACCAGAGAAGAUGCUGGCAUUUACAUGUGCGUGGCUCAGAGUCCGGCUGGCACGGCCUUGGGCAAAAUCAAGCUAAAUGUUCAAGUUCCUCCAGUCAUCAGCCCCCAUCCAAAGGAACACAUCAUCGCCGUGGAUAAGCCCAUCACGCUACCAUGUGAGGCAGAUGGCCUCCCGCCACCUGACAUUACAUGGCACAAAGACGGCCACACAGUUGUGGAAUCAGUUCGCCAGCGCAUCCUCAGCUCUGGGGCUCUGCAGAUAGCAUUCGCUCAGCCCGAGGACGCCGGCCAGUACACGUGCACGGCGGCCAACGUGGCAGGAUCACGCAGCUCCAGCACCAAGCUCACUGUCCAUGUGCCCCCCAGAAUCCGAAGCACGGACGUCUCCUACACGGUCAGCGAGAACUCACAAGCUGUCCUUCCAUGCGUGGCUGAUGGAAUCCCCACACCAGCAAUUAGCUGGGAAAAAGACAAUGUUCUUUUAGCGAACUUGUUAGGAAAAUACACUGUUGAACCCUAUGGGGAACUCAUUCUGGAAAAUGUUGUGCCGGAGGACUCUGGCACCUACACCUGUGUGGCGAACAAUGCCGCAGGCGAAGACACGCACGCUGUCAGCCUGACUGUGCACGUUCUCCCCACUUUUACCGAACUUCCUGGAGACGUGUCCUUGAAUAAAGGAGAACAGCUGCGGUUAAGCUGUAAAGCCACUGGCGUUCCAUUGCCCAAGUUAACAUGGACCUUCAAUAACAACAUUAUCCCAGCCCACUUUGACAGUGUCCAUGGCCACAGUGAACUUGUCAUUGAGAGGGUUUCAAAAGAGGAUUCAGGUACUUACGUGUGCACCGCAGAGAACAGCAUCGGCUUUGUGAAGGCCAUUGGAUUUGUUUAUGUGAAAGAACCUCCAGUCUUCAAAGGCGAUUACCCUUCUAACUGGAUUGAACCACUUGGUGGAAAUGCAAUUCUGAACUGUGAGGUGAGAGGAGACCCUGCCCCAACCAUCCAGUGGAGCAGAAAGGGGGUGGACAUUGAAGUCAACCACAGAAUCCGCCAGCUUGGCAAUGGCUCCCUGGCCAUUUAUGGCACUGUGAAUGAGGACGCCGGCGACUACACGUGUGUGGCCGCCAACGAAGCCGGGGUGGUGGAGCGCAGCAUGAGCCUCACUCUGCAGAGUCCUCCUAUUAUCACGCUCGAGCCAAUAGCAACUAUUAUUAAUGCCGGGGGCAAAGUCAUAUUGAAUUGUCAGGCAACUGGAGAGCCUCAUCCAGCCAUUACAUGGUCCCGCCAAGGGCACACGAUCCCCUGGGAUGACCGAGUUCAAGUGUUGUCCAACAACUCACUGUAUAUCUCUACUGCUCAGAAGGAAGACACAUCUGAGUAUGAAUGUGUUGCACGAAAUUUGAUGGGUUCUGUCCUUGUCCGAGUACCAGUCACGGUCCAGGUUCACGGUGGGUUUUCCCAGUGGUCCGCCUGGAGGCCCUGCAGCGCCACCUGUGGGAGAGGCAUCCAGAAGAGGAGCCGUCUGUGCAACAACCCCUUCCCGGCCAACGGCGGGAAGCCUUGUCAGGGCUCAGACUCGGAAAUGCGAAACUGCCACCCUAAGCUGUGUCCAGUGGACGGUAGCUGGUCAGAAUGGAGCCCGUGGGAAGAAUGCACAAGGAGCUGUGGACAUGGCAACCGAACCAGGACCAGAACUUGCAAUAAUCCGUCAGCUCAACACGGCGGGCGGCCGUGUGAAGGGAGCGCCGUGGAAAUGAUCAUGUGCAACGUGAGGCCUUGCCCGGUUCCUGGAGCGUGGAGCGCUUGGCAGCCGUGGGGCGCGUGCAGCAGAAGUUGCGGGAAGGGCACCCAGACGAGGACAAGACUGUGCAACAACCCACCGCCGUCGUUUGGUGGCGCCUACUGUGAGGGAGCAGAAACACAGAUGCAAGUUUGCAACGAAAGGCACUGCCCAGUUGAUGGCAAGUGGGCCCCCUGGGCCAGCUGGAGCGCCUGUACCGUGUCGUGUGGAGGAGGUGCCAGGCAGAGGACAAGGGACUGCUCUGAUCCUGUUCCACAGUAUGGAGGGAGCAAAUGUGAAGGGAGUGACGUCCAGAGCGAUUUUUGCAAUAGUGACCCUUGUCCAACUCAUGGUAACUGGAGUCCUUGGAGCGGCUGGGGAAUCUGCAGUCGGUCGUGUAACGGAGGGCAGAUGCGGCGGUACCGCACCUGCGAUAACCCUCAUCCCUCCAAUGGAGGAAGAGCUUGUGGGGGGCCUGACUCCCAGAUCCAGAGAUGCAACACUGACCCGUGUCCUGUGGACGGGAGCUGGGGAAACUGGCAUAGUUGGGGCCUGUGUUCUGCCUCUUGCGGAGGAGGGGAAAAGACUCGAAAACGCCUGUGCAACAACCCAGAGCCAUCCAACGGUGGUCGCUCCUGUCCAGGAGACGCGACUCAGGUAUCCAGGUGCAAUCUACAAGCAUGUCCAGGUGGUCCCCAGCGAGCCAGAGGAAGUGUUAUUGGAAAUAUUAAUGAUGUUGAAUUUGGAAUUGCUUUCCUUAAUGCCACAGUCACAGAUAGCCCUACCUCUGAUACUAAAAUAGUACACGCCAAAAUCACCAAUGUGCCUCGCAGCCUUGGUCCAGCAAUGAGGAAGAUCGUUUCUAUUUUAAAUCCCAUCUAUUGGACGACAGCGAAGGAAAUCGGAGAAGCGGUGAAUGGCUUCACCCUCACCAAUGCGGUCUUCAAGAGAGAAACUCAAGUGGAAUUCGCAACUGGAGAAAUCCUGCGGAUGACGCACAUCGCGCGGGGCCUGGAUUCCGACGGUGCUUUGCUGCUCGAUAUCGUUGUGAGCGGCUACGUCCUGCAGCUGCAGUCACCCGCUGAAGUCGCUCUGAAGGACUACACAGAGGACUAUGUCCAGACAGGCCCUGGGCAACUGUACGCCUACUCCACGCGGCUGUUCACCAUCGACGGCAUCGGCGUCCCCUACACGUGGAACCACACCGUGUUCUACGACCAGGCCCGGGGAAGGAUGCCUUUCCUGGUAGAAACACUGCACGCAUCCUCUGUGGAGUCUGACUACAACCAGCUAGAGGAGACACUGGGUUUUAAAAUUCAUGCUUCCAUUUCCAAAGGAGAUCGCAGCAAUCAGUGUCCCUCCGGGUUUGCCUUAGACUCAGUCGGACCCUUUUGUGCUGAUGAAGACGAGUGUGCGGCCCGGAAGCCCUGCUCCCACACCUGCCACAACGCCAUGGGGACCUACUACUGCUCCUGCCCCCAGGGCCUCACCAUCGCUGCUGACGGAAGAACUUGCCAAGAUAUUGAUGAGUGUGCUUUGGGUGGACACACUUGCCACGCUGGUCAAGACUGUGACAACACCAUUGGGUCCUAUCGCUGUGUGGUCCGCUGUGGAAUUGGCUUUCGAAGAACCUCUGAUGGGCUGAGUUGUCAAGAUAUUAACGAAUGUCAAGAAUCCAGCCCCUGCCACCACCGCUGUCUGAAUGCCAUAGGCAGUUUUCACUGUGGGUGUGAACCUGGGUAUCAGCUCAGAGGCAGAAAAUGUGUGGACGUGAACGAAUGUCGCCAGAACGUGUGCAGACCGGAUCAGCACUGCGAGAACACGCGUGGGGGCUACAAGUGCAUCGACCUGUGUCCACACGGAACGACCAAGGCGGAGAACGGAACCUGCGUCGAUAUUGAUGAGUGUAAAGAUGGGACCCAUCAGUGCAGAUAUAACCAGAUAUGUGAGAAUACGAGAGGCAGCUACCGUUGUGUCUGCCCCAGAGGGUACCGCUCUCAAGGCGUGGGAAGACCCUGUAUGGACAUUAAUGAGUGUGAACAAGUGCCUAAGCCUUGUGCGUAUCAGUGCUUCAACACCCCCGGCAGCUUCAAGUGUGUGUGCCCCCCAGGACAGCAUUUAUUAGGGGACGGGAAAUCUUGCGCCGGAUUGGAGAGGCUGCCCACUUAUGGCACUCAGUACAGUAGCUAUAACCUUGCUCGGUACUCCCCCGUGAGAAACAACUAUCAACCUCAACAGCAUUACAGACAGUACUCACAUCUCUACAGCUCCUACUCAGAGUAUAGAAACAGCAGAGCAUCUCUCUCCAGGACUAGAAGGACUAUUAGGAAAACUUGCCCUGAAGGCUCUGAGGCAAGACAUGACACAUGUGUAGACAUUGAUGAGUGUGAAAACAGAGACACCUGCCAACACGAGUGUAAAAAUACCUUUGGGAGCUAUCGCUGUCUCUGCCCACCUGGCUAUCAGCUCAUGCUCAACGGAAAGACAUGUCAAGAUGUCGAUGAGUGUCUGGAGCAGAAGGUGCGCUGUGGGCCGAAUCGCAUGUGCUUCAACAUGAGGGGAAGCUACCAGUGCAUCGAUACGCCUUGCCCACCCAACUACCGACGGGAUCCUGUCUCGGGGUUCUGCCUCAAGAACUGUCCACCCAACGAUUUGGACUGUGCCUCGAGCCCAUAUGCCUUGGAAUACAAACUCGUCUCCCUCCCAUCUGGAAUAGCCGCCAAUCAAGAUUUAAUCCGGCUGGUUGCAUACACGCAGGAUGGAGUGAUGCAUCCCAGGACAACGUUCCUCAGGGUAGAUGAGGAACAGACCGUCCCUUUUGCCUUGAGGGAUGAGAACCUGAAAGGAGUGGUGUACACGACACGGCCGCUGCUCGAGCCAGAGACCUACCGCAUGCGGGUUCGGGCCUUAUCCUACAGUGCCAACGGGACCAUCGAGUAUCAGACCACGUUCAUAGUUUAUAUAGCUGUGUCUGCCUAUCCGUACUAAGAAGCUCUCCAAAGCCUAGCCCACAUGCUUAAACUGCAGUAAUCGUGGGAAUCAAGUUCGCUUCCAGAUGACCAUCUCGUGAACAGUUGCGAUCUUGGCAGCUUGAAAGCGGUGCUAUGCUCUGUUUCGCGUGCCUCCCUGGGGACUGCCGAGGUAUUUUCAUGAUCUCACCGUGCUCGUAUCUUUUAGGAAGGUCUAGAAAAGUCCCUUAUUAUUUUCUUUAUUUAUUACACUGGAACAGUUACUUUUCAAAGAUUAUUCAGAACACCCAACAGGACACAUCAGUGAUUUUCCUUACAAAAUAGAAUAACUAAGUAAAAUAACUUCAAGGGUAAUUCAAAGCCAAGUAGAUUUUUGAGCAUUCGGCCAUUUUUUAAAGUAAUAAAACUGGCUGCUAUGUUUUUCUAUCAAAGCUUAAGUAACUUAUGAAGACACUUUUUUUUAAAUAUUGAUACUUUAUUAUAGGACUUGUACACCUCUUUUCACUUUAAG